AAAAUAAUAGCUACUGACUGCAUUUGAAUUAUAACUCAAAACAUACCUCUGGUCAGGGAGGGCUCUCGGGCUGGGUUAAGAAGUAAACUGGCUUCCUGCUUCCCUACAGUAAGAGUCCUGAAGAAGGGUUACACCCGAAAUAUCGACUUCACCUCCCGAUGCUGCCUGGCUUGCUGUGUUCUUCCAGCCUCCUGCCUGGCUGCUAUAGUAAGCGGCUGACACAGGCUCUGUUUGUAUUGAGUUAAUGUAACUGUACUACUGUUGCUUUGAGGCGUGCAAGACUCUUAUCUUACCCUGUGAGGCGCUGCCUAUUCUUGCGACUUCCUGGCCGGUAGUGUGAGUGUUUACUACACACUUGAAAGCUUAACUUUGCUUUCGCAGGGCAAAGGAUCUCUCCAUCUGUGUAGAAUAUUGUUGUUGCUUUGACCGAAGGUAUGCAGCAGCAUUGGAGGAUCAUUAUGUGAAAAAGAAUGCACAGUUGUUUGCAUCUGGAAAGAUUCUGAGUUAAGCAAGAACUAGCAGAGCACAUUCAAAGCUGUGCUGCUCCAGGUUUCUCCUACACGUCUACAUUUAUGACUGUCAGCAAGUCAUGAGACAUGAGUCACCGAGUAUUCGGAUCUGCUUAUUUGAAUAUUUUCACAAGGCCAGAUAGAGAUCAUUGCUCCUUUGUGUAGAGGCUCUUUCCCUUUACCUGGAGUUAAAAGUCUUGGACCAUCAUGAUGGCCAAUAAAAGAAGUGUUGAUUGCAUGGACUCGCUUAUUUAUAGUAAGAUGCCACGAUUGGAGAAUGACCAGAAUGGGUUAUCAACAGGACUUUAUAAACCCAGUCCCCUAUCUAGUUAUGCUGCUGAAAAUCCCCUCAAGUACACUGGAUCUUAUUUAGCAUAUCAUCUUCAAAAUCGUGAUGGAACAGAUUCACAAGGUAUCUGGAACCAGGCCCGACCAUGCGUGCAUCAUAUGGGUGGUCCAAACACCCAGUCACCACCAGGUCAAGUUUCAAGUCUCAACAAUCGCUCAUAUCAGACAGAACAUGAAACUGUAUCCCGACCAUUUCAGCCAUCUGUGAACGCAAAUGAUAAACUUGACUUGGUCAAAGAUUUAAUGAAUGUUCGAUCAAAAUGGGUCACUUUCGUUGAACGGCAGAAGAAUUUGAGAAAAGGCCAAAAUCUCCCAGCUGUGCUCUGCUCUUCUGCAGCUGGAAAACACAGUUUACAUUCGUCUGCUUUAUCUACAGUUGGUAACUCUGCAAAUGUAGCAUUCCCACAACCAGUGUAUAGGAAUAGUGUCUGUUGUUCAGGAGCUGGUUUCUCUUUGGAAAAUUCAACAGAUCAUUUUUAUAGAAGAGGACAGGAAACUGAAUGGAGGAUGCCACCUCCUGUUACUUCCAGUUGUUUAAUUGUGAAUAACAGUCAACUGAUGCACAGUCAGCAAUAUGCUAAUCCGCUUGCGAAAAAUAAUUCAUUGCAUAGUGGAUCUGGCAAUAUACAGAUUAGCUCUGUGGGCCGAAUCACCAAAGAAACUGGGAAAUCACCUGGAGUGCGUUCACCCCUAUGUCGAGGAUAUGGAACUUACACUAGUAGUGUUCUUCAAGAUCCCAGAUAUCCUGUGCUUUCAUAUGAAAACUCUAAUGGAACUGUACCAGGUCAUAGCGGCACAUCCAUACAUAACAUCCAAGACUUGCAGAAAGCUCCCUUACAUCCAUUUGGGACGACUCAAGGGCAACAGAUGCAACCAUCUUUGUAUCGUGAUAAGCCAUCACCACCGAAAUAUCCAGUGCCAAUUCAACCAAAGGUUUUGCACUCUCUGAACACUAUUUCAAACCAGCAAAGUGUGGGUAGUUACUCAUUGUUACAUCCACAUAGCUACAAAGCCCAAAUGGGAAAUUAUCCAGUGCCAGGGGCAAGUGGGCGGAUGCCUGUACCCAGUUCCCCUUAUGCAAGCCAGCUUGUUUCAGAGAAUCCUUAUGCACAACCAUCUGAAUCUUUUGGGUAUGCUGCUCGUCAUCCUCCUCCGCCACCAGAGCAACAGAAAAGUAUCUCUGCGACUGGUCCUUUGAUUCAUCCUGUAUCACAGCCUGCAACACACUCAACUGAGUUUGAGCAACAGAGUACUCCUGGAAACAAAGUUGCUUCAUCUCUCCAAGAUCCAACUAAUGCAAAGCAUCUUUCACCAGACCUGUUGCGUUUCAGGCCUCGCAUCGUUGCACAAACAAAUGAACGAUGCUACAAUUCAUUAAAUACUCUUUAUAAUUCGGAAUAUACUGGUCCGCAGCAGUUGAUAAGCAAACACAGUGCCUUCCACCCUGUGCUAUCUGGCAAACACUUGAAGGUGCCAUUUGAGAGACCUGCUGGCUCCCCAGGUGACCAAAGACCAAAGGAUAUUUAUCUGCAAGAACAUAGCCCAGGCAUCCACAUUUCCCCUAAAGGUGAUCAAGGUAGGUUUAUAUUCAGUAAAGAACCUGAGAUCCUGAAUAAUAAACCAGUAGAAGUCAGAUUGGCUAGCCCACAAAAAAGCUAUACUGUAAGUCCAACCAGAAAAACAUCUGUGAUUAAUUUCUCGCCUGCUUCCUCCCCUGCUUCUAAUGAAAGCAAGAGAUCAACCCCACCUCCUUCCCCUCCUAUGCCAGUCAUAAACAAUGUGUUCAGUUUGGCACCCUACAAAGCCUACCUGGAAGCCACUGGUCUGUUCUUCUCAAAAUGUCCAAACUGCGAACUAGAUUGUGAUAAAUCAUGUUCAUGUUCUUUGAAAAAUAAAACUCAAAGCAGCAGAAGUGAUAGUGCCAUAGAUCUUGAUUCCAGUACACCUGGCCCUAAAAGACUGGCAACAGACAGUAGUCAGUUGCAACCCAAGAAUGGCGAACUGAAAACAGGUGACGCUUCUGUGCGUUUAGAAUCUACAAAUGAAAAAGGUGCAUCUGAGGAUGAGCUUAGGAAAACAGUAAGCACGAAGAACUGUUUAGAUGUUCAGCAUCAGGAGAUUAAUCUUUCUCCUAAAUUCAAUAGGCUUGAUAAGGGCCUACCUCAGCAAAGUAGUAAUAGUGCAAGGUGUAUGGUUCACAGUGGUGAUAGAAAGCUUGGGAUGAACAAAAUGGAAGAUGAAAUGGCCUUGGACCUAAGUACUAAAUCAAAAAGUCCACCUUUGAAUGUUAUUCAACAUGCCCUGGUUUCUGGUGAGUCUGGAGAAAAAUUGAAAAGUACAAAUGAAAUAUCAAAUGAAAAAGAAAAUACUAUAGAAUCUCAGAGUACUGAAGAGAAACGUGAAAGCACAUGGCCAUCUGAAGAGCAUGGAACGAAGGCAGUUGUUGCACCCUCUAAUGAAUCCAGCAAUGUAAGUGACCACCUUAUUAUAGAAAUGAAUAAGUAUAAAAUACUGAGACCUGUCCCUCCAAAGAUUGGUGAAAAUAAUUCAACUCUGCCAUCUGAAGACAUUACUAAAGCUAAAAAAAUUAGUUUGAUUGGAUCAGUUGAUCCCUCUGCCUUAAUUUUGAGACCCCUGAAACCUCUGAAGCGAAUAUUACCUGAUGUGGUUAAAUCAAUUAUGAAUUCUAAUCCUGAACCUUGCAAGCUAUCUUGUGAAACCAAAGUGGACUCAUCUUGUAAUGGCAAGUUAAUGCAGAACGAGAAUGACACUUAUAAUUAUUUUGUACAUCUUCAUCAGUCCCUAUGUGACAUGAUCACCCAGUCUGUGGCUGAAACCUCUGAAGAGGUUUUGUGUGCAUGUUUGCGGGACAUUGAAGAGAAGGAAACUCCAAAAUUGAGGUCUUCAGUAAAGUCAAAAAAUGGUACAAGAAGCUUUGAAGCAUUGAAGAUGUCGAAAGCAAAAGAAAUUUGGCGCAACUAUGGCCACGUCCAGCAGACCCUACAAAAAUUACUUUCCUACUUGGAAAGCUAUAUUUAUUCCAGAACGUGCCCAUUUCCCCAUGUAAUAAGGGCUGGCACAAUUUUUAUUCCAAUAUACUUAGUGAAGGAGAAAUUAUUUUCCAGCCUCAAGGGAGCAACAAUUGAUCAAGUUUUCCAGGAGCACAAAAUAGAACUAAGACCAACGACCCUUUCAGAGGAGAAGAAACUGCAGACAGAGUUACAGCUUCAAAGGUGUUCUUCCAGACUAAUCAAGCUGCUUUCCUUAAAGCAGUUACCUGAAAUCUAUCAAGAUCUGCUGGAUGUUCUGUGGCAUUCUUGUGUGAAAAUUCGUCUUGGUGAACAAAGUGAUGAAAACAUGAAGGAAGCAACUCUGAAUCCAGCUGAUAAGAAUGCUAAUGAAAAUCAUUGCGCAGAGCCUAGUUCUGUAGACAUCAGAAACGAAACAGUAGCAAACACUGCCUGCUCAAUAGGGAAGCCUGACAAUGGAAUCGCAACAGCCAGACAUAAUGCAAACCCUAAGAAAAGACGGAGGAAGAUCAGAGCUACAACAUCGUCCAUAAACUGUAACUCUAAAUGUACUGAUUCAAGCAAUAGUUCACAAUCUAUACAGACAAUAAAGCCAAAAUCUGUACACCAUUUAGAAAAGAAAUCCUGCACACAGAUUGAUCAAGAUGCUGGUACAGCACGGUCAAGCAAAGUGUCCCAGUCAGAACCUAGAAAUUUACAGAAAAGAAGAGGAGUUUACAAUGAAAAGGCUCUCAUGAAAGGCAACUUUGAAAGGAAGGGCACUACUUUGGUGGUUCGACUAAAUCGGGUGACUGUUAAUGAGGACAAUAAAGGGACAAACGUUUCCUGCAGUAGAAAGAUCAAAAAAUCUCAAAUGCCAAUAAAUAAAAAGAAUAAUGGAGCACUGAGGCCAACUAGAAGCACAUCUAAAGUUCUGCAUCUUCGCGGCUCAAUUGUGCGGUUAAAGUUUCAGAAACCGAGGCAAACUGCUCUGCAUAGAAAUUUAGUGCUGAAGUCGAUUGUUGCUGCGAGAAAGCCUAUAUUAACACGUACUUCUCAACGACUGGAUCAGAAAAUAACUAAACCCCUUUCUUGUAGAAAACGCCAAGGCAAGAAAUACCCAAAUUUAGUGGGAAAACGUAUACGACAUCUGUAUGAGGAAAAGGAUAAAUCAGAAUCCUGGUAUAAAGGUGUAGUGGUUCGAGUGCAUGAAAAGCACCAGAAUCCUUUACAAACUGUGUACGAGGUUAAAUAUGACACUGAACCUGACUGGCAGUACUACCUUGAACUCUUGCAGGAUUAUGAAAAAGGGUGGCUAAGAGUUGAUGACUGACUUGUAAAAUUAAGCACUGUGCUACCUUCUUUGUUUCCAUAUCUCUAAUGGUAAUUACACAGGCUAAAGUAAAAUAGAAUUGUAUAUGCCAUCCAGGAAAGUAAUUCAUCAGGUCUUCAUUAUUUUGUUUAUUUAGCAGGGCAAUAAAAGAUUGCAGCAGUUCCCACAUUCUCCUUAAGAUUUAAGUGCAGGGUCCUUCAAAAUUACAGUGCAAAAUAUUAGAGACCAAUUUGUGUGAGGAUUUUUGCAUUGCAGCACGGCCAAGAGGUAGCAUUGUCAGUUCACAUUACAAAGCUAGAAAAUAUUUUGAAUACUAUGAUGUCAAUAACUUCUAAAAAUGCUGGAAUGGAAUUCAAUGCAAAUGUUUCCCUAGUCAAGUUAACUAAAGAUAAAAGGUCUCUAUGUCCCAAACUAUUUCAUUCAACAAAAAUCAGUGAUGUUCCACUCAUCCUACAGUAAUUUCUGAGCUAAGUAUCAAUUUUUUUUAGGCGAAAUUGUUUUGCACUGUUCUCUCCAUUUUCUGUUCUUGUGCUGAUUCCUUUGUCCACGUAUGCUAGCAGCUGUCAGUCUUUGGCUCUGCUGCGAUUCUUCAUGUGUCAGCCAGAAGCAAGAGUUGAUGUGAUGUUUGGCAUGGAGCGCCUUACAACCGUAUCCAAUUCCAUUGCUGCUGGGUGCCUUUACAAGCAUUUCUUAAGUGAAAUUGUUGGAAAACCUUUGAAAGCUGUAAGCCUGGAUCAUCUUUUGUUCUAUUCCCUAGCCAAUGCUAGAGGUCGUUUGGGGACCUGUCAACCACAUCCCCAAUGAGAAUGAGCUAACUCAGGACUAACUUGGACUAUGAUUUAUAAUUAACAGAUGGUGCAUAAUACAAACUGGCAAUCGUUGUGUAUGUGUUUUUACAAUGUCUAUUCUUGUAUGAUAGCCAUUCAAAUUCAGUUCAGCAAUUUGAAUAUGCAAGUUGGAUUUAGAUAUAAAGUUAGUGUAGAACUUUCAAUACUACCAGCACAAUUGUUAACUGCUUCCCUCCCUCCUACCUGUGUACUGUCCGCUUUCAUCUCCUAAGUGAGAACCUGGGUGUGAGCAGAAGCAGUUCCAUGCAGAACCAGUGCUGCUUGUUGGUCCUCUGUUAUUGAAGUAUUUAUCAAAGAUGGGUGACCAGCACUAUAUAGGAGGCCUUUUUUGAUUCAACGUUUAAUCAAGUUUAAACCAUUUUUUUUGUGGGGCAGUGAUUCCACAAACAAUUAGCAGUAAGUAUUUUUAAAUUCUGUCCUCUGCCCAAAGAAACCUUUGUGUUCAUGAUGAGUUUGACAAGUAUGUUUAUCUAAAUUGUUACUGAUGUACAGACUUAAGAAAUUGGGGCAUUGAUAGCACAAAUUGCAUUAAGUAGUGUAGCUACACUGUAGUGUUUUUGUAUGGACUUUUUGUAAUAAGAAAAUUAGCUAAUUAAGUUAAAGUUGUUACAUUUUCAUGUUUCAUCUGUUGAUAUUGAAAUACUACAUGAAAUUGGGAGGUGAAAGAAACAGUGUUGCUAACUCCUUUCUGUGUAUACUUUUGUAUAAAGAUUUCAAACCAG